AAGUAUGAAAUGUCAAUUUCAUCAUCACCCUCACCGGAAAAUCUACGCAUUUGCCUGGUCGGCGAUGUAAUACAAAAUAAUGCUGCCGUUGAAGCUGCUCAUACAUUUGGUGUGCCGGUCAUAACAUCGGAAACUGGUCUGGAACUUAUUAACGAUUAUGAUUGGCGUACCUAUUUUAUAUUGAAUGAAUUCGAGGGUCCUGUCUAUGAGGCAAUACACAAAAGUAAACAAUGUAUAUUGGGUCCUCCAGCUUUACGCCAGGCAGCCGAAAUGAAAGAUGGUCUUACACACAAUGCCCGUCCCAUUUAUAAUUAUUCCAUGCGUGGUGUGGUUACAUGCUUUACUGGCAUACGCAAAAAAGAUGAAUUGACAAAACUGGUCAAUUUGAUCCAUUCAAUGGGCGGUUGUAUACGAAAGGAUAUGAAUUCCAAAAUAACCCAUUUAAUUAGUUCACACAGUGGUGGUGAUAAGUAUCAAUACGCAAAAACCUUUCGUUUAACUGUGGUACGUCCAAAUUGGGUAUAUGCUGCAUGGGAACGACGAGAUGAUCCACAAUUUAAAGCAACCACAGAAGAAUUUUCCAAAGAACAUAAACUGAAAGCUUUUGAGGGACAGAAAAUUUGCUUUUUCGGAUUUCCAGCCGAUGAACAUCAACACAUGGUGGAUGUGCUGAAAAGUAAUGGUGGCGUACCUGCAGAAUUAGAUGAUCCGGAAUGUUCGCAUGUGGUCGUUGAUGAGCAUAGUACCCAACAAAAACCCGAACCCAAAAAUAAUCGUACACAUAUUUUAAAAUCGGAUUGGUUUUGGUAUACCAUACAAAAUGGUUAUGCCGAUGAAAUGGAUUAUCUGUUUGGGGAUUAUUUGGAUAGCAUUGCCAAUACCCCCAAUACCGAUCGUCGUGAUUCAUUGCCGAUAAGUUUUAAUAAACGUAAACGCAAACGUUUCUCCCAACGCAUCCAGUUAGAGGGUACACCCUUGGGUUCAACCAAACGUCGUUCAUCGGUUUCGGAUGCUGGCCUGCUGUCAGCAUCGGGUAGUUUCUUUGAUUGUAGCGGUACACCGAAUAAAUUGGAAAAUGGUACAAUACUCACAGAACCCGAAACAUCAACAUGUGAACAGCAAACACCACCGGGUAAAAAGGCAUCGAUGCGUUUCAAUCAUUUUAUGGAUUUCUUUAGUACAGAAUCGAAUUAUGUUGGCAUCUUGGAUACUAUUGUGAAUCUCUUCAAAAAUCCCCUCGAAGAAAUUGCCGAAUCAAGUGAUGCACUGUUGAAUAAAUCCGAAAUCAAAGCAAUUUUUGGUAAUUUCCUACCCAUACAUGAAGUACAUCAGCGAAUGUUGGAACGUUUACGGGCCAUACACAAUAAAUGGAGUGAAGAUUGUCUAAUCGGUGAUAUUAUUCUCCAACAUCAAGAUGAUCUAAUAAAAGCCUAUCCACCCUAUGUUAAUUUCUUUGAGCAAAUGAAAGAGACACUGAUACAGUGUGAUACACAAAAUCCACGUUUUCAUGCUUUUUUGAAAAUCAAUCAAACCAAACCAGAAUGUGGACGUCAGACAUUACAGGAUCUGAUGAUAAGACCAGUACAGCGAUUACCCAGUAUAAGUUUGCUGUUGAAUGACAUACUUAAACAUACCAAUAAAAGUAAUCCAGAUUAUGCCCGAUUGGAGGAGGCCCUUAAGGCCAUUCGUGUUGUAAUGAUGCACAUUAAUGAGGAUAAGCGAAAGACAGAAUCGCGUAUGGCCAUAUUUGAUAUAUUCAAUGAUAUUGAAGGUUGUCCGGCCCACUUAGUUAGCUCCAAUCGUAAUUUCAUAUCUCGCUGUGAAGUCUCUGAACUUACUGAUAGUCUCAGUGGUCGUGGUGAUCACUUGGUUUUGUACUUAUUUUCCGAUUCCAUUGAAGUGUGUAAGAAGCGUUCACGUGGCUUUAAUAGUGCCAAAUCGCCAAGCACCGCCAAAUCAUAUAAGCACAUCAAAUUGAUGUCCCUAAAUGCCAUACGUUUUGUCAUCGACAUAACGGAUAGCCCGAGAGCAUUUGCCUUGCUUUGUCGUCAGGAUAAGGACAAAUUGCAUUCAUUCACCAUUACCGAUGAGGAAAUCGAUAAAGUGAUGUACUUGAAAACGCUUUGCAAGCAAAUGGCAGAGAAUGCUUGUCGCACAGAUACGGAUAAAGCCUUACUAUGUCGGACUUCUCAGGAAUUGGAAGUGGAUAUUAGUGAUGUAAACUUAAGUACCCUAUCGAAAGCAUUUAAAUUGGCGGCACGUACCCGUUUGAAGGUCGGGCGCGCAUUUUCAUUCAACAAAACCCCUUCCAAAUUGAAACGCGCUGUAUCAACAAUGAUGACAUCACCAUUUGGCAGUACAAAUUCCUUGACACCCGCCUCUCAAUUAGCACAAAUGCGUUUGGCAAGUUGUACAAACAUCCAUGAAGUUGUCGAUGAUGAUAAUUCCGGAAUGCGCAGCAGUUCACCCUCAACACAUUCAGAAGUUUUAGUACCACCAAUGUCUGUACAGCCGACUCGCAAAAAUAUUAAUUCAAGUAUAAGCAGUGUUGGGCGUAUUUGAGCCGCCCUCUGAUGG